UUUGCUCGUUGCAUAACCACACUGCAGGUCUACAGCGGCAGACAGUGCAGGUUCACCUCCGCUCAUCGGUUUACCUCUUCACAAUGGCAGCUCCGAAGAAAGUCUGCAUCGUUGGCUCUGGAAAUUGGGGUUCUGCCAUUGCCAAGAUAGUGGGUGCCAAUGCUGCUCAGAAUUCAAAAUUUGACAGCACCGUAAAAAUGUGGGUGUUUGAGGAGACCGUGAACGGGCGCAAACUGACUGAAAUAAUCAACACUGAACAUGAAAAUGUGAAGUACCUUCCUGGGCACAAGCUACCAGCAAAUGUGCUGGCCGUCCCAGACCUGGUGGAAGCGUCCAGUGAUGCAGACAUCAUAGUGUUUGUAAUCCCACACCAGUUUAUUGGGAGAGUGUGUGACACCAUGAAAGACAAGAUAAAGAGUGACGCGCUGGGGAUUUCCCUCAUCAAGGGCGUAGACGAGGGGCCGGAUGGACUUAAACUCAUCUCUGAUGUGAUCCAGGAGAAGCUCGGUAUCACCAUGAGUGUGCUGAUGGGGGCCAACAUUGCCAAUGAGGUUGCUGAUGAGAAGUUUUGUGAGACCACUAUUGGAUGUAAGAAUAAAAACCACGGUGCUCUCCUGAAGGAACUCAUGCAGACCAACAACUUCCGAGUUACUGUAGUAGAGGAGUACGAUGUGGUGGAAAUCUGUGGAGCCCUGAAGAACAUUGUUGCGGUCGGGGCAGGUUUCUGUGACGGUCUGGGCUUCGGGGACAACACGAAGGCAGCGGUGAUCAGACUGGGCCUGAUGGAGAUGAUUGCCUUUGCCCGCAUUUUCUGCACUGCUGGGCCUGUGUCCUCUGCAACCUUCCUGGAGAGCUGCGGCGUGGCCGACCUUAUCACUACCUGCUACGGAGGCCGCAACCGCAAAGUAGCUGAGGCUUUUGUGAAGACAGGGAAGUCCAUUGAGGAGCUGGAGAAAGAGAUGCUGAACGGUCAGAAGCUUCAGGGACCAGCAACAGCAGCUGAGGUCUACCUCAUCCUCAAGCACAAAAACCUAAUUGACAAGUUCCCAUUGUUCAAUGCAGUGUAUCAGAUCUGCUACCAGGGCCAUCCAGUCACAGAGUUCAUAAGCUGUUUGCAGAACCACCCAGAACACAUGUAAAAAAACAAACAAAAAAAAAAGACCUGACCAAGUGCCU